AUGGCGCGAGAGAAUCACAAAACGAAGGCAGUGAAUAUGCUCCGAAGCAGAAUCUGCGAUGCCAAAUUCAUCUACAACGAUUCUCCAGACAGCAACUACAGCAAGUUGAAAUUCAUGAUAUCAAGUUCAGUGACGGAGGCAUGCAACAACUCUAUUCUUCUUCUCGGUCCUCGUGGCUCCGGCAAGAGUGCGGUUUUGGAGCUUGUUAUUCAAGAUUUGAUGCAACAAUAUCCCGAUUCAAUUUCAGCGAUCAGGUUGAAUGGGCUUUUGCAUAGUGAUGAUAUAUCUGCAUUCAAGGAAAUAGCUAGGCAGUUGUGCAUGGAGCAUCAAUUGCUAUUCUCGAAAGCGGCUUCGUUUGAUGACAACUCCCAAUUUAUGGUAGCCAUGCUAAAGGAAUGCGGAUUAGCACAUAAAACAGUAAUUUUUGUUCUGGAUGAGUUUGACCUCUUUGCCCAGGGUAAACAGCGGUUACUUUAUAGUUUGCUGGAUGCAAUGCAAUCAAUAACAUCGCAGGCUGUUGUACUUGGUAUUAGUUGCCGUCUGGAUGCAGAUCAGUUGUUGGAGAAAAGGGUACGAUCUCGUUUUUCACAUAGAAAGCUGUUGUUUUUACCACCUUCAACGGAAGACUCACAGAGGUUACUGGUGCGCAUACUGACAUUACCAAUUGAUUCAAGCUUUCCACAUGAUUAUGCUGUUGAAUUUAAUAAAAAGGUCCAAAAUAUUAUAGCAGAUAGAAGAUUCAAAGAAACUUUCAAUAAAUAUUUAAAUUUUGACUCCUCUGUCAAACAUUUGCUGAGGUUCCUAUUCUGUGCAGUCUCUCAGAUUGAUUUGCAGACUGGGUUCCUGACCCAGGAGAACAUUGAAACUGCAUUUUCAAGUAUCCAGAGGCAGCCUAAACUGGAAUGUUUAAGAAAUUGCUCCAUUUUAGAACUUUAUAUUUUGGUUUGCAUGAAGAGAUUGGAAGUUAAGGAGCAAAGUUUAUGCAACUUCAAUUCUGUAAUGAAAGAGUAUAAAAGUAUACAUGAUUCCUUCCAGACUUCUGAUUAUUAUGCACGAAAUGUCUGCUUAAGGGCAUUUGAACAUCUCAUUCAUCGUGAAUUAUUAUGUUUCACAGACAAUAGAGGACAUAGUUUGUCUAUUGAGUUUCGUCCUGUAAAGCUUUUAAUUUCAUCUGUUGAACUGCAUCAGGGACUAAAAGCAUAUCAUUCGUGCCCUGCUAUCCUUCAGAAAUUAAUCGAUCGUGAAGGCUAA